CUCGGGGUCUUGUUGCUGGAGAUGUUUGAGUACUUCGCGCACAAGUUUGACUUUCGCAAGUACGGGAUCGACGCUCUGACUGGAGAGUUGGUCAGGAAGCAGAUACCCAGUGGCGUGCUGUACAUUGUGAAUCCUAUCAAACCCAAUGAAAACAUCGCCUCUGCGACGAAUUCCUUUCCAAUUUUGUUGGGCUCUUUCAAGUGGAUUUUUGCGGAACUGCAUACUUCUGUGUUGCGUGGCAGUAAUGGAGGAAUUCAGCAAGGGAUUCUGGGCAAGCUGUUGGGCUUCACGGAAGAGGAGCUCAAAGGAAGGGAAUUGCAUGAGAGGUUGUUUCACAGACGAGUGUUCGGACCUGUUUAAUGACUGAUUUACCGCGUUUUCGGAGAAUUAUUUGUUUGUUUUUUGUCGAAAUUAGAGCCGGGUAAUUUUUUUUCUUGAUGAAAGUCAAAUUUUUGACUAUGACAUUGUUUUUUCUUUUCUUGGAAUUUCAAGGUGGGGGAAUAUCCAUUCCUUGAAAAGAAAUUAAAUUCCAUAGGUUUUUCGAUUGAGGAAUGAGCACAAAAUCGUAUGUUUCACUUCUUUAUCUUGAUAAUGUGAAAAACAACUGCUCUGGUCCCUUCUUGUUUAUUCGUGGACUGGGUAAUUUCACGGUUGUGCAAAUCUUGAAGCAGACAUGGCUGACAAGUCGUAAGAAACUUUUCUUCCUUGAGCCCAAGUGGCCAAGAUUUUUCCGAUAACAGGUCCCAGUUUGAAUCCGGUGCCUGCGGAAGCAAUACUGUACUGUAAUAACCUG